UAACGCACGACCGGAAGUUUCUGUCCGCGGCUUUGCGGGGAUAGGGGAGCCUUCGGGCUGCAGUCAGAAAAUCCAGGCACUGACCCUUGACCUCGGGGCGCUCCCCCAUCUCUCAGGCGCGAUGGCUACAGGCGCGGAUGUGAGAGACAUUCUAGAGCUCGGGGGUCCAGAGGGGGAUGCAGCUUCCGGGACCAUCAGCAAGAAGGACAUUAUCAACCCGGACAAGAAAAAGUCCAAGAAGUCUUCCGAGACCCUGACCUUCAAGAGGCCCGAGGGCAUGCACCGGGAGGUCUAUGCACUGCUCUACUCUGACAAGAAAGAUGCGCCCCCACUGCUACCCAGUGACACUGGUCAAGGCUACCGCACAGUGAAGGCCAAGCUGGGCUCCAAGAAGGUGCGGCCCUGGAAGUGGAUGCCCUUCACCAACCCGGCCCGCAAGGAUGGAGCCAUGUUCUUCCACUGGCGACGGGCUGCUGAGGAGGGCAAGGACUACCCCUUCGCCAGGUUCAAUAAGACUGUGCAGGUGCCCGUGUAUUCAGAGCAGGAGUACCAGCUCUAUCUUCACGAUGACGCUUGGACAAAGGCAGAAACUGACCACCUCUUUGACCUCAGCCGCCGCUUUGACCUACGUUUUGUUGUUAUCCACGACCGGUAUGACCACCAGCAGUUCAAGAAGCGGUCUGUGGAGGACCUGAAAGAGCGGUACUACCACAUCUGUGCCAAGCUUGCCAACGUGCGGGCGGUGCCGGGCACAGACCUCAAGAUACCGGUAUUUGAUGCUGGGCACGAGCGACGGCGGAAGGAACAGCUGGAGCGUCUCUAUAACCGGACCCCAGAGCAGGUGGCGGAGGAGGAGUACCUGCUACAGGAACUGCGCAAGAUUGAGGCCCGGAAGAAGGAGCGGGAGAAGCGCAGCCAGGACCUGCAGAAGCUCAUAACGGCGGCAGACACCACUGCCGAGCAGCGACGCACGGAACGCAAGGCCCCCAAGAAGAAGCUCCCCCAGAAAAAGGAGGCCGAGAAGCCGGCUGUUCCUGAGACCGCGGGCAUCAAGUUCCCAGACUUCAAGUCUGCGGGCGUCACGCUGCGGAGCCAGCGGAUGAAACUGCCAAGCUCCGUGGGACAGAAGAAGAUCAAGGCCCUGGAACAGAUGCUGCUGGAGUUGGGUGUAGAGCUGAGCCCGACGCCCACGGAGGAGCUGGUGCACAUGUUCAAUGAGCUGCGGAGUGACCUGGUGCUGCUCUAUGAGCUCAAGCAGGCCUGCGCCAACUGCGAGUACGAGCUGCAGAUGCUGCGGCACCGGCAUGAGGCGCUGGCCCGGGCUGGUGUGCUGGGGGGCCCCGCCACACCGGCUUCGGGCCCGGCCCCCACCCCGGCGGAGCCAGCAGUGCCCGAACCGGGUCUCGGCCCCGACCCCAGCAAGGACACCAUCAUCGACGUGGUGGGCGCGCCCCUCACGCCCAAUUCGAGAAAGCGACGGGAGUCGGCCUCUAGCUCCUCUUCUGUGAAGAAAGCCAAGAAGCCAUGAGAGGCCAUACGGGUGUGGGAGGCUGCUGUGUAAAUAGAGCUGCUGAGUUGGA